UCUCCACUCCCCUGAGAAUAUUUGGUAGGCAAAAUCAAAGCAACAGCGAGGCACAGCCACAGACCCAUUGAAGAAGAUGGCGAUGGUUUCUAUGGCCGUUUCGCUCCCAACGCUAACCCAUCCGACCCUUCGCCGAGUCAACCGUGAUCGAUUUGUAGCUCAAAAUAUUAACUUCGUGGAUUUGAACAAAGCACGCGUGAAAAUAUAAAGCGCACAUUUUGGGUUGUGUGGGACAGGUGCUCUGGUAUGGCUUUCGCAACCGUUAACAAAGAGACUGCUUCACUGGGUGUGAAGGUUACAGAAGGGGAAGGAAACUUACCCAAGGUCGUUUUGACUUCUGCUGGGGGUAGUGAGGCUGAGAUAUAUUUGUUUGGUGGUUGCAUUACGUCUUGGAAAAUUCCAAAUGGAAAGGACCUCCUUUUUGUUCGGCCAGAUGCUGUAUUCAAUAAGAAGAAACCAAUCAGUGGGGGAAUUCCACAUUGCUUUCCACAGUUUGGACCCGGGCCAAUUCAGCAGCAUGGAUUUGCAAGAAAUUUGGACUGGUCCAUCGUUGAUUCUGAAAAUGUGGAAGGAAAUCCAAUUAUAACAUUAGAGCUAAAGGAUGGUACUUACAGUCGGUCCAUGUGGGAUUUCAGCUUUCAAGCUUUAUACAAGGUUACCUUGAAAACAAAGAGCAUCUCCACUGAACUUACAAUUAUAAAUACAGACGACAAGCCCUUUUCAUUUAGUACUGCCCUCCAUACAUACUUCCGUGCUUCUGUAACAGGGGCAUCAGUUAGUGGUUUAAAAGGGUGCAAAACACUAAAUAAAGAUCCUGAUCCCAAGAACCCGUUGGAGGGAAAGGAAGAAAGGGAUUUGGUCAACUUUCCUGGAUUCGUAGAUUGCGUCUACCUGGAUGCUCCUGAUGAGUUGCGUCUUGAUAAUGGAUUGGGUGAUAUAAUAUCAAUCAAGAACACAAACUGGUCCGAUGCUGUGUUGUGGAACCCACAUCUCCAAAUGGAAGCAUGCUACAGAGAUUUUGUUUGUGUAGAAAAUGCCAAGAUUGGAAUCACCCAGCUAGAGCCUAAACAAUCUUGGAUUGCCAGUCAGCAUGUUAGCAUCGAGUGAAAUGUGACUAUGAGCUGUUUUCAAUUUUGUAAAAACAUGUUGAAUUUCCUUUAUUAUUAUUCUUGUUUUAAUGUUUUUGGUGAAUCUGUAAAGCUAUAAAAGCAAAAAGUUCGGAUGGCAAGGUAGUAAUAUAAUUCGACGUUGAUUUAUUAUGUA